AUGACAUCCACUCAUAAUGCGGUCAACAGCCACAGCGACAGCGGCGAGCAGCCGUCGCCGGACGAGGAGGCGCGCGGCGGGCUGCUCGGAGCUAUAGUGCGCGCCCUCCGCUCGGCGCCGUGCCCCGCCCCCUGCGCCCCCUGCGCCGCCCCGCCCCCCGCCGCCCCCCACGACGACGACCGCUCGCGCGUCUCCGACGACAACGACAACUCGGCGGACCUUCUCGACUCCGAGACGGAGCCGUGCCUCGUCACGGACCCCGAGUGCUUGGAGGAGUGGUGGUCGGGCGCGGAGGGCGGAGAGGGCAACGAGGGCAACGAGUGCGCGGGCGCCUGGAGCGGGGAGGAGCUCUCCCCGGAGAGGGAGUCCUACGGCGACGACAGAGAUGGCGAGUCCGCGUCGGCGUCGGAGCGCGACUCGCUGCGCAACCUGUCCGCGGCGAUCGCGCAGCGGCAGCGCUCCGAGGCGGAGGACGCGGAGCGCGGCUCGCUGCUGGAGCGCGUGCUGGCGCUCGACGCGCGCCUCUCGGAGCUGCUGCGCGCGCUGCGCCUCGCCGCCGCGGCCGCCGCGCGCGCCCCCGACCAGCCCGGCGCCGCGCUCGCGCACGCGCUCAGGGAUAAAAUUGACGUCACGGAGAAGAAUGUGGCUGACGUAGUGGUGAAGAAGCUAGCUGAGCUGGACGCCAGUAAAAACAUGAUGGAGCAAUAUAGGCAGUCCGUCGAAACGCUAAGAAAGCAGCUGGCACAGUCCGGUGAAGAGGACGAAGUUGAUUUUAUUGAAGAGGAGCUAAUAGGCUGCGGCGAGAUUGAACGGCGGCAGCGAUACGAAGCGCUGGAUCAAGCGCUUGGAGCGCUCGCAACGGUAGACGGCUGGCCGCGACUUGCAGCGCUGCAGCGGCGUCUGGAACGUCUAGCGUUCGCGCUAGCCGCACCGCCGCCCGCAUCG